CGGAGCAUGCGCAGUGCAGUUGCUCUGCCUCUCUGGCGGUCGCCACCCGGCAACAGAACAGAGAGAAUACGGGGAAGUGUCUGGAAACUUACAAGGGAAAUCAACGAUUAAACGGUUUUAUUUAAAUCAACGGCGAUAUCGUGCGACGAAUGGUAGGCGAUAAAGUAUGGCAAUCAAUUUCGGAAGAGUCCAUAUCGGGAUUUACGUCGAAAUCAAGCGGAGCGAUGGAAGGAUACACGAGGCAAUGGUGACAUCAUUAAAUGAUGAUAAUGAAAGUGCGACUGUGGAAUGGAUUGAAAAUGGCGAUACAAAAGGAAAGGAGAUUGAUCUCGAAAGUGUUUUUGCACUUAACCCAGACCUUGCACCUGAUGAAGAAAUUGAGCCAAGCCCUGAAACACCGCCACCUCCAACGCCUACUAUCAAAACUAAUAAGAUAGCAAAGAAUCGCCGAACUGUGGCUGCUAAGAAUGAAACUCCUGCCAAAGAUAACCGAGUGGCAUCAACAAGAUCAAGACCUAGCCAGCUUCCAGAGCAUUCGUCAGCUGCUCAUCAGAAUGGUAGUGCUACAGAUAUCUCUCCAGCCCAGUCUGGAAAAAAAGAUUUUGCACCACCAGCACGUAGAAAAUCAAGUUGUGUUAAAGAAGUUGAAAAACUCCAGGAAAAACGUGAAAAGCGACGAAUACAGCAACAAGAGAUGAGGGAGAAAAGGGCUCAGGAAGUUGAUUCUACGAAUCCAAACUGGGAAAUUAUGUGCAUGAUUCGAGAAUUUAGAUCAAGUCUUGACUACCGACCGCUUACAGCUACUGAUCCAAUUGAUGAACAAAGAAUAUGUGUUUGUGUAAGAAAACGACCACUAAACAAGAAAGAAAAUGUAAUAAGAGAUCUGGAUGUAAUUACAAUUCCCAGUAAGGACGUAGUAAUGGUUCAUGAACCAAAGCAAAAGGUGGAUUUAACAAAGUACUUAGAAAAUCAAACUUUUCGUUUUGAUUAUGCCUUUGAUGAGACUUCUACAAAUGAAAUGGUUUACAGAUUUACAGCUAGACCUCUGGUAGAAACAAUAUUUGAUAGAGGAAUGGCAACGUGCUUUGCGUAUGGUCAGACUGGAAGUGGAAAAACACAUACCAUGGGUGGUGACUUCACAGGAAAAAACCAAGAUUGUUCUAAAGGAAUUUAUGCACUGGCAGCUCGGGAUGUUUUUCUAAUGUUAAAGAAACCAAAUUACAGGAAAAUAGAACUUCAAGUGUAUGCAACAUUUUUUGAAAUUUACAGUGGCAAGGUAUUUGACUUGCUUAACAAAAAAACUAAGCUAAGAGUGCUGGAGGAUGGCAAGCAACAAAUUCAGGUGGUAGGGCUUUCAGAACGAGAUGUUAAAUGUACAGAAGAAGUUUUAAAACUAAUUGAAGUUGGUAAUAGCUGCAGAACAUCAGGUCAGACUUCUGCAAACGCUCACUCUUCAAGAAGCCAUGCAGUAUUCCAGAUAAUUCUUCGCAGAAAAGGGAAAAUGCAUGGAAAGUUUUCUUUAAUAGACCUGGCAGGAAACGAGAGGGGAGCAGACACCUCUAGUGCAGAUCGACAGACGCGUCUUGAAGGUGCUGAAAUUAACAAGAGUCUUUUAGCACUAAAGGAAUGUAUCCGAGCCUUGGGUCGAAACAAACCUCAUACCCCUUUCAGAGCCAGUAAACUUACUCAAGUGCUUAGGGAUUCAUUUAUAGGAGAGAACUCAAGAACUUGCAUGAUUGCCACUAUCUCCCCAGGGAUGGGCUCUUGUGAGAACACACUAAAUACGCUUAGAUAUGCAAAUAGAGUAAAGGAGUUUGGAAUAAGUCCCUCGGACAUUCCCUUUCAGCAAGGUGGUGGGAGCCGUUCUGACCUCUCUCCUACCUACCUCGACUAUGAUGACUUCCCUCCUUCACCGACCAGAGUGAAAGAGUUGGUUGUGGAUCAAAAUGGUUCUGGAGAAGGGCGGGCAAAUAUCCUGGUACCAAGUCAGCUUGAUGCAUUAGAAGCGCAAUGGGGACUUGGAAGCUCUCCUCAACGGGAUGAUCUCAAAUUGCUUUGUGAACAAAAUGAGGAGGAAGUUUCACCUCAGUUGUUUACUUUUCAUGAAGCUGUGUCUCAAAUGGUGGAAAUGGAGGAACAGGUUGUGGAAGAGCACAGGGCAAUAUUUCAGGAGUCUAUCCGAUGGCUGGAGGACGAAAAAGCACUUUUGGAGAUGACUGAAGAGGUGGAUUAUGAUGUGGAUGCAUACUCCACACAACUGGAGUCAAUUUUAGAUCAAAAGAUUGAAAUUCUGACUGAACUGAGGGAUAAAGUGAAAGCCUUUCGUACAACUCUUCAGGAUGAAGAACAGGCUAGUCGGCAAAUCAAUCCGAAGCGGCCAAGAGCCAUUUAAAUUUCAAACAAAUUCAAAUCAAAUGGUUCACAAAAUCCUAUUACAGAAACUUCCCUACUAAUUUGAGCUGUGGUCACCAGAAGCCAAUCACUGGAAUGCUAAGAACUUUUGGAACUACAUCAAUUGAAACGUUCUAUCAUUUUACUUGAAUUUUUUUUUUAAACACACUCCCAUGGUAUUACAACUAAACAAAUGCUUCUAAUCCAACAGCACAGGGUUAGAACAUUUAUGAAGUACUUUGACAUUUUUUUGGGCUUUAGCAAAAACCUUUAGCCAGAAAAUCUUUGCCAAUUUUUUUUAUUUUAAUGUGUCAAAACAACUGUGGAAAUUCUGCAUUUAGAUACUCAGUAUUUUUUAUUUUAUUUUCUAAUUGAUGUGGUUACAUUUUAUUACCAUAGCUGGCUGUGCAGUUUAAGUGUGUUUGCAUGCAUGCACAAACCAUUUGUGAAGUAAUUUCCUAUUAGACCAGAUUGAGCUUGCCCUGUUUUUUUCCUUUGCCUUCUGAAAGGCUGAAGUUCCCCAAACAAACAUAUCUAACAUUAGGCAUAUGUUACUUUAAUAAAAACAUUGUUUUCUGUGUAAAUUAAUUUAUUAUGCUCUUAUUUUGUUUUGAGCCAUCUUUUGUCAAGUAUGUUCUAUUAUUUCACAAGAUAGUGCCAUAUCAUCAAUGUAUUUAAAAUGGCAGUUGGUCCCGAAAUGUAUAAUGGUACACAUAUAAAUUGACAUUCCAUAUACUUUAUCAAUGAAGUCUUUAAGUUUAGCUUUUUUUAAGGUGUUCACUUUUUUACAAAAAAUCAGUAAUGUUCUUCACAACAUAUUAUUUUAACAACAAUGAGCGAGAGUAUUUAAAAUAAAAUGAACCAUUGGGAUCAAUUGUACUUAAAACAUCAGUACUAAAUAGGAUUCAACGACAAAGUUUCCUUCAUAUUUUCAAGAUUUCAAUGUGACCAUACUUUUACUAUUUUUUCUAUGUACAGUUAAUUAAAAUAUAGAUCAAAGUGGUAGGAAUUAAUGUAUUGAAACAUUUGGUUUGAAGCGUGAUUAAAGGGCAAAGCUUGGGAAUUAGUGAAUGGAACAGUAUACUGUGAUGUCUCACUGUUCAGAUGAGUACAGACUGGAGGUGGUUUCAGAAAAACUCAGUUAGGAUGACCUACAUUUUAUGUCUUUGAAAUCAUUGUACAAAAUUUUCCCUACGUUCAUUUAAAUACGCAUCACAUUGUGUGAACUACAGAUUACAAUGGACAGCUAUCCCACCUAACGUUUCAUUUUUAACUAUCAUUUAUUCAUUUCCCAUUCACUAAAAUACAACCUAAGUCCGUUAUUUUACGAGUUUACUUCCUGCAGAUAACAGUAAAAUGUUGCUGAAUGUGAAAAGUUUUAAUGCAGCAUUCUUCCACUUCAUGUAAAAUGUGUAUUUAAUAUCUUGUCUGGAAUUGCACCUAAUUCUUACCACAUUGUGGUUUAGAACUAGAGUUGACGAAAUAUUUGGAGGGUUUUGAUAGAAUACUGUAGUAAUAAUAAACUGGAACUUGCGGAUAUUCUGAGAAGUGUGUUUAACGUUAGUUUUUAAUCUUCCUCAAGUAAUAACCAAUUCAACAUGAAUUGAAAACCCUGUUUUUGGCAUUUCACUUCAAUCCAAAUGUGAUAUCAUCCUAAUUUUUAUUCAAAAAAUUGUUAUAGGAAUUUGGAACAGUGAGGGCUUGUGCAUCAGAUUUAAGUACAUUUUGUGAUGUUUUGCUCUUAAGUUUCUAAAUACCCUUUUGUAAAAUGCCAAACAAAAUUAAAGGAAGCUAAACAUGGA